UGAUGAUGAUGAUGAUGAUGAUGAUGGCCCGGAGACUGGAGAAGUUGGCUAAGUGAAAAAAAAGAGGACUAGCUGGCCGAAGCAGAAGAAGAAGAACAGCCCACUCGACACCAACUUGGCCUCCUGAGCCACUACAUAGCCCACACAACCUACACACCACCAAAACCAAAAGAAAACCAACAACAAACACCCUCAGGACACUCGACCGAGCACAACAAGCACAAGCUGUCAAUCCAACCAAACAGAACCAGAACAACCAACAAACCGCCCAACGCUUGAUCAUCCUCAGAACCAUCUCCGCAUCCGAAAAUCACUAGCGAACUGCCCCUCUCCCAGCUCGACAGCAUCUUCGAUCAUACCUUCCCAUCCUUACCUCCUCUCCCCUCCUCUCUGCUCGAGACUCUGCAUUAACCAGCCUUCGAAAACUGACAACUCGCUCGAAUACAACAAGGCUCGCUUACAUCGCCUCUUCCCAUUAACAAAAAAAACAAAACAAAAAACUUGCUCGAAACGAUGACCAAUAAUAUGAUGAUGUUUAAGAUCGUCCUGUUGGGCGAUGGAGGCGUUGGAAAAACAACUCUGAUCAUCCAGCUAUGUCUGAAUAAAUUCAUGGAUGGAUACGACCCGACGAUCGAGGACUCGUACCGAAAACACCUGAUCAUCGACGACCAACCGUGUAUUCUAGAGAUCCUUGAUACGGCCGGACAGGAGGAAUACACCGCUUUGAGGGACCAGUGGAUACGAGAAGGCGAAGGAUUUGUGCUAGUCUAUUCGAUCACGGCGCGAUCGACGUUCGAGCGCAUCGAGCGAUUCCGCUCGCAGAUCCUACGGGUGAAAGACACGGAGACGAUGCCGAUCAUCCUAGUGGGAAACAAGGCGGACAAGGUGCAUGAACGGGAGGUGGGCAAGGACGAAGGCUUGGCGUGUGCGCGGAAGAUGGGCUGCGACUUCGUCGAGACUAGUGCUAAGACUCGUCUGAACGUCGAGGCCGCUUAUUUCAAUCUCAUCAGAGCUAUUAUGGCCCUCAGAGAAGGCGACCGGAAGCGGCCGAAAGAAAGGAAACGAAGGUGUCGGAUACUCUAACCCCCCUCUCUAUUUCUUAUCCCUUCCCAAUUUGUCUUUCUUUCUUUCUUUUCCCUUUUUGUAAUCAGCAAGAACACACAUAUAUAUAUACAUAUAAAAAAAACAUGAUCCGAUCAAGGGGGAGAGACGUUUUGUUUCCUUUUCUCAGUUCAAUUAUGAUUAUUUAUAUACUUUUUUUUUGUUUAUCUUUAUCUCUUUAUUUAUUUAUUUAUAUAUAUAUAGUGUCCUUUUGUUCCUUCCUUCCUUCCUUCCUUCCUUCC